AUGGUAUCUGUUGAAGCUACUGCUGCUUUUUUGAAGGAACUAGAAACAGUUAGUUACUAUGCAAAAGAUGAGAAACAAGCCGUACUUUCAAAAGGUACUUUCCUUGAACAUCUUUCAUCUCUCGAUAUCACUGAACCACCCCAUGCUGUUAGGAAAACGGCAAUAAUUUGUACAAUUGGACCUAAGUGUAACAAUGUUGAAACAUUAGCACUUAUGAUCAAGAAUGGUAUGAAUGUUGCUAGGUUAAAUUUUAGUCAUGGUGAUCAUGAAUAUCAUGCUAUGACAAUUAAAAAUGUUCGUGAGGCUGCUAGACUUGUUAAACAUGAAAGCAUUGUUGCUAUAGCAUUAGAUACAAAAGGUCCAGAGAUAAGAACGGGUAUGAUUAUGAAUAGUUCAACAGCUGAAGUUGAAUUAAUCAAAGGGCAUUCAAUUCGUUUAACAACAAAUCCAAGUUUUGAAAAAUCAGGGAAUGCUGUUAAUUUAUAUGUUGACUAUGAAAAUAUUACAAGAGUAUUGUCACCAGGAAAAAUUAUUUAUAUUGAUGAUGGACUUAUAUCUUUAAUUGUUGAUGAAGUAGGUGAUGACUACGUUAUUUGUACAAUAGAAAACGGUGGAAUGUUAGGAAGUAAAAAAGGUGUUAAUCUCCCUGGAACUUCUGUUGAUCUUCCUGCCGUUUCUGAGAAGGAUAUUGCUGAUUUAUUAUUUGGAGUAGAACAAGGAGUUGAUAUAAUAUUUGCUUCAUUCAUAAGAAAUGGAUCAGCUGUAUCCAAAAUUCGUGAGAUUCUUGGUGAAAAAGGAAAAAAUAUCAAAAUAAUAUCUAAAAUUGAAAAUCAAGAAGGUGUUUUGAAUGCUGAUGAAAUAAUAAAAGCAAGUGACGGUAUUAUGGUAGCUCGUGGUGAUCUUGGAAUUGAAAUUCCAGCAGAAAAAGUAUUUCUUGCUCAAAAACUUUUAAUUGCUAAAUGUAAUGAGGCUGGAAAACCUGUAAUUUGUGCUACUCAAAUGUUAGAAUCUAUGAUUUCAAAACCAAGACCUACAAGAGCAGAGACAUCUGAUGUUGCAAAUGCUGUUUUAGAUGGUGCAGAUUGUGUUAUGCUUUCUGGAGAAACAGCCAAAGGAUCAUAUCCAAUAGAAACCAUAAAAAUUAUGCAUUACAUUUGUAAAGAAGCUGAAGCUGCCGUAUAUCAUUCAAAGUUUUUUGAAGAAAUACUUAAACGUGUUCAAAAACCAACAAGUCAUGUUGAGACAAUAGGAAUAGCUGCUGUUUCAGCUUCAAAAUCUUGUCAGGCUUCUGCAAUUGUUUUAUGUACAACAACAGGAAAUACCGCUGCUAUGAUUUCUAAAUUCAAGCCUUCAGUUCCAAUUAUUGCUAUCACGAAAAAUCCACAAACCGCAAGACAACUUUGGCUUUACCGUGGAGUAUUUCCCAUUUAUUAUUCUGGAGUUGAAAAACAUACAGAUUGGACAAAAGAUGUCGACAUGAGAAUACGCGAAGGAAUAAAUUUUGGCAAAGAAAAAGGUUUCAUAGAAAAUGGAGACAAUAUUAUUGUCAUUACUGGAUGGACUUCUGGUGCUGGAAAAACUAAUACACUUCGUUUAAUUAUUGCCGAUUAA